AUGCCUCAUCAAUCUGGUUCACCUUUAAAACGUCGCAAGAGCCGUGAACUUAGAGGAGGUAUCUUAUAUACCGACUGUUACUGUUUACGGCGGAACGGGCUGCAGUAUGACUGUCGCAGAAGCGGUUGUCAGGAUUCAGAACUGUGCCAAGUUCUGCCAGCACCGCUCUGCGGGCCCGCGCACACAGCAUGUAUUAAGCAUCGCUCGAAUCCUCACGCAGAACCUUUAUUUAGCAUUUGCAAAAUGCGGAAGAAUAAUACAGCGUGUUCACCGUGUGGUCCGAUGGUUUGUUACAAAUAUGAAGACUGCGGACCUCCACUUCAGUGCUUACCGAGAUCUGCGUUCAAACGCAACGGCCUACAAGAUUGCCAGUUCUUCCAGCAAGGGUCCAUUCGCUAUCUAUGCAGGGAGGGCCCCAGUUGUCCGAAGCCUUGUCCGCCGCCCUGUCCGCCGUGCGUUCGACGACCGCCUCCCGGGAAGACCUACAAAGGCAGGUCUGAUGAUGCGACGCCUCAGACGGAGGAGGGAAGCGCUGAAAAAAAGGAUGAGAAGGAAAACCAACUCAAAAGAACAAAAAGCCGCGAGCUCCGGGGUGGCAUAAUGUACUACAGUUGUCAUUGCAUUAAACGGAACGGGCUGCAGCACGAUUGCAGGCGCACGGGCUGCGGCGGCGAGCCGUCGUGUUUGGUUUUGCCCGAUCCCCUUUGCGCGCCUAGCCAGUUGGCGCGCGCGCGAGGAUUAGCCGAUCCGACGCCUCUAGCAGAACAUUAUAGGGCGCAAGGUGGCGGCGCCGGCGCCGGCGUGUCGACUGCCCCUAGCGGUUCCACUAGCGGCGGGAAAAGAUUCAUAGUUUGCGAAUUAAAAGGAAUCGUACCUGACAUGCAGACGGACAAAUCGAGUAAAUGCUGUAAGUGUCCACCUUCGUUGGGUACUUUGUCUCGAAACCCUGCCUACGUGCGACCUGAUGCACCUUCUAUGUUUGUAUUCGAUGAAAAAACAUUGGAGGGUUUAAUAAGUAGGUUCAAUAGUGAGGACGUUAAGCCGAGCGACGACACUUUAGUUAUAGGACCCGGUGGUCGACCUCGUAGGCCUAAAGUAGAGGCACCUAAGGAAAUUUGCUCCCGAGCCGGCUGCGUGCACUGGAAACCGCCACCGCCGUGUGUCUGGAACGCUCCUUGCAAAGCGGACUGUUUCGAGGCGGCUCCGGGCAUUCGACCGGGACGCAAUCCACUCGCAGGUGGCGGUUCCAAUGUACAAGGAUCGAAUAAAGCGGAUGAUAAAAUCAAAAUUCUUACGCUUGUUCAAUGA